AAAAACCUUCCACUCGUCAGUCUAGAAGGAUAAGAGAAGGAAAGUUAAGCAACUACAGGAAAUGGCUUUGGAAGUUCCAAUAUCAGUCUAUCUUUUAUUCAACGCAAUGACAGCACUGACUGAAGAGGCAGCCGUGACUGUAACACCUCCAAUCACAGCCCAGCAAAGUAACUGGACAGUUAACAAAACAGAAGCUGACAACGUAGAAGGACCCAUAGCCUUGAAGUUCUCGCACCUUUGCCUGGAAGAUCAUAACAGUUACUGCAUCAAUGGUGCUUGUGCAUUCCACCAUGAACUAGAGAAAGCCAUCUGCAGGUGUUUUACUGGUUAUACUGGAGAAAGGUGUGAGCACUUGACUUUAACUUCAUAUGCUGUGGAUUCUUAUGAAAAAUACAUUGCAAUUGGGAUUGGUGUUGGAUUACUAUUAAGUGGUUUUCUUGUUAUUUUUUACUGCUAUAUAAGAAAAAGGUGUCUAAAAUUGAAAUCACCUUACAAUGUCUGUUCUGGAGAAAGACGACCGCUGUGAGGCCUUUGUGAAGAAUUUUCAUCAAGGCAUCUGUAGAGAUCAGUGAGCUCAAAAUUAAAGUUUUCACAUGAAACAACAAAACUUGUCAAGCUGACUAGACUCGAAAAUAACGAAAGUUGGGAUCACAAUGAAUUGAGAAGAUAAACUUCAGCGUUGGCCUUUAGACUUUGCCAUCCUUAAGGAGUGAUGGAAGCCAAGUGAACAAGCUGCGGUGACAGAAGUCAAGUUCAUUGUUUCACUCUGGGUUUUUGUUGUUGUGUGGUUAUUAUUCUCACUACAGAAAGACUGAGUUUCAUGUCCCUGGCUGUGUCAGAUGUGAAUUUUCAUGGGAAUAAUAAUCAACUUUGCAGCAAGCCAAAGCAAUGCCUUGCUUGGGUUCUUCAUGUUCUUACUACCCAGCAUUUUUUACCACCUAGAUGGACCUAAUUCUAUUUGCUCAAUGAACCUUAUCCCAAACUUGUUGUUUUCAUGGUGUCUAAAAGAAUGUGAUGUCAGCUUUUAGAAUGAAAUCAGUGUUAAGGUACCUCCAGUGAACCAAACAUGUGUCUUAAAUCUAAGCCACUGAAAACAGAAUGGAAAUUCCAAGGCAAAUACAAAUCAUACACAGCUUGUAACAACAUACAGCCUUUAUAUGUAAAAUAUGGAAUAAACUAGAGUUUCUGAAGACUGAAGCUAUCUGGAUAUCGAGCCUGGAGUAGGCAAAGCAUUUCCAUUUCUACAUGGAUUAUAAAACUUUGUGUUGGACUCACUGGUCCCUAAUGCUUUUGGUCAUCACUUCCUCCAGUUAUCAGUGGAAUUACCCGGUGACCGAUUCAUUUGGACCGAGAUCCUAGAACUCUCCUACUGAAUAAAAGUCUACAAUUGGCCCUAAAAUAGAAACUGAAAA